UGUGUUUAAUUGGAAAAAACAAAUAUUAAAAAAAAAGCGCAACAAGUACCCGUUCUUCUUUUCUAGCUAUCUCUCUACGCAAGCAAGGCACCUUAAAAACACACAUCUAAAACACACGCACACGCGCACACACACUCUGUAUCCCCCGGAGCUUCCUCCUCAACUUUGGCAAUCCAUCAACUUCUGUACUCAUACAUACAUCAUGAGACUAGUCGUGCCUUUGCAGGGACUCAUAGUUCACGGAAGAGGCGGUUUAGUAUUAGGCUCACUCCUACCUUGUGCUCUCUUCUACUUCCUGCAAUUUCACCUCAAACGACACCGUUCUCCUGCUAAUUCCACUCCAUCCUCUUCAUCUUCGUCGCCAAUCCGCGCGCAGUUGUCAUCUAGGGCCAGCCCAAUCGCUAAGCCCAAUGAAUCGCCGUAUUACAUUGGAAUGGACAUGGUGCGCUCCGAUCCGUAUCACAGUCUCCGCAGUCCAGAUGGUAUCAUUGAUCUCGGGAUUGCUGAAAAUAGGUUGUCGUUGGAUUUGAUUGAGACUUGGCUUCUUCAAAAUUCAAAUGAUUCCUUACUGCAAGGAGGCUUGACAAUUGGUGGUCUUGCUACCUACCAGCCAUUUGAUGGAUUGAUGGAUAUGAAAGUGGCAAUGUCAGGUUUUGUUUCUGAGGUGAUUGGAGGAACAAUAUCAUUAAACCCAUCUCAACUGGUGUUAACAUCUGGUGCAACCCCUGCUGUUGAAAUACUCUGCUUCUGUUUAGCUGACCCCGGGGAUGCAUUUCUCAUUCCAGCACCAUAUUAUCCUGGGUUUGACAGGGAUGUAUUAUAUCGGACAGGAGUGGAGCUGAUUCCUGUUCAUUGUGGUAGCUCUGAUGGCUUCAUGUUGAGUAAAAAUACUCUUGAACAAACAUUUAAUCAGGCAAGAAAACGAGGGAAAAGAAUCCGUGGGGUUCUGAUAUCAAACCCUUCGAACCCCGUUGGUAAUAUACUAAACAGAGAGUUGCUCUACAAUCUCUUAACAUUUGCCGAAGAGAAGAAUAUUCAUAUUAUAUCAGAUGAGGUAUUUGCUGGGUCUGUUUAUGGAAAUGAAGAGUUUGUAAGCAUGGCCGAAAUUCUGCAGUCGGAAGAUUUUGAGAAGGAAAGGGUCCACAUAAUAUAUGGGCUGUCCAAAGACCUGUCUCUUCCUGGAUACAGAGUAGGGGCUAUUUAUUCCUGCAAUGAAAAUGUUUUGGCUGCUUCUAAAAAGUUGACAAGAUUUUGUUCCAUCUCAACUCCAACUCAGCAGCUACUAAUUUCAAUGCUUUCGGACAAAAGGUUCAUUCAACAAUAUAUAAAGAUCAAUAGAGAGAGGCUGACAAAAAUGUAUGAUCUGUUUGUGGAAGGAUUAAAACAAUUGGGGAUUGAGUGUGCAAAGAGCAGUGGAGGAUUGUACUGUUGGGUCAAUAUGAGUGGAUUAAUCAGUUCACGUGAUGAGAAAGGAGAACUUGCCCUUUGGCACAAACUCCUAAAUAUUGCUAAGAUAAAUAUUACUCCAGGAUCAGCUUGCCACUGCAUUGAGCCUGGAUGGUUCAGGUGUUGUUUUACUACCUUACAAGAAAAUGAUAUUCCUAUUGUCAUGGGCAGGAUUCAGAAAAUUACUCCAAUAGGCACAUCUCAAACUGGAAUCCCAUGAUUAUUGUAUUAUAGGAUUCUGUUCAUAUCUAUAAAGAUCAUAUAAACAUGAUAGGUAUCUCAAGGUUUGACACAUAUUCAGAGCAUAAUUGCAUUGUGAAGGAACUCAUAUUUUAGACAUGUGAUAUAUGAAAUGAAAUGAAAUUAAUGUGGACAGCAGUCUGAAGGAGACUUUCAACAAAAGUGGCAUUAACUAAAAUUGCAGAGGGACUUUCUUAACUUGGCUUCAGUUGCAGGUGCUUCUUCCACUUGCCCUGUAUUCUUUUGAUCUUGUUGACACUUCCGACCAUGCAACAACCGAGGGCACUUUUCUUCAUAAAUUCCUGCAAGUAAGAUAUGCAGGCAAGAGUAUAUCCUUGUAAAUAUUGUAGAAAAUAAGCAAAAGGUACCUUUGAAUUAUCUGUUUUAUGUCGUUAUUAUGUUCGAACUUGAUGAAAUUAAGAUUCAGUUUUUGUGA